AGCGCUUGCGGCGCUUCUUUCGCACCAUCAACCCAUACGCGUAAGCUUUAAUACUGCCCAAAAAGGUUUGAAGGAAAACUCGUUUUCAGCCGUCACAUUGUGUGAAGAUAAUCACGACAACUACAGAGCACAUAUAUAGUUUUGGUAAUCACAACAUGAGUGGUGUGUUGCGCUUGCUGACGACACGCACGUCUGCAUUUGCGUCCCCUCCAUUCCCGCGGCCACGGUUACGUGUCUGCUCCACCGCCCUUUUCUCUACCCACCUCUCCUGUUGCCACUGGAUGAGUCUCCGCUCUCUCUCUGCUCGAGCCGCGGCGACUUCAGCAACGCGGAAGAAGACACGGGGGAGGACAGCAAAGUCGACAGCGACGUCGUCUUCUUUUCCUUCCGUUGCGUCACCGUCGUCGUCGUCUCGUCCUCCCGCCACCUUUGCCGCACCGACGGCGGGGGCUUCGCCGAAGAAAAGAAAGCGUCUCGCUGAGGAGGGCGCCACUGAAGCACACCAAGAGAAGGCCCUGCACAACGACACGGUGAUGAUGGAGAACGACGCGCGUCUCGCCAUCCGCAUGCUCAUGAUGAACCACUUCUCUCGCAGGUACCACGCGGGCAAGGAGAGCAACGCACAGCUGGCGAGGGAGCGGGAGGACUACCGCGAAAAGCACGAAGGGCGCGAACGACGGCUGCUGAUGAAGGACACAAAUGCGCUUCGGCUGCUCGGCGAGGACGGGCGCUCGCUCGGGGACGGCAUCGUGCCGCUUCAGCCGGCCUCUGCCCAGAACCCGUACGAGGAGGCUUCUGCGAGGCGCAGACGGCGUGGGACCGCCGCAGCAGCGGCCGGUGGUGGCGGCGGCUCCGUUUUGUGGCGUACGUUGAACCCGGUAUGCCUGACCGCGUCGCAGGCGGUGGCGGGCACCGGCGAAGACGCACUGAGCGAGGAUGACUACGUCACCUUCCUCGCAAGCUCCACGGCAACGUCGGCGGCAGCAGCGUUCACAGCAGACGGCAGCUCAAACGGUGGUCCGCGCAGCAGCAGCAGCAGCGGUGCGCGGCACGAGUUGGAAGACUGGGAGUCGGCGACGCUGGCCACGCUGUGUGCGCCGAACCUUUCCGUCUACGACACAGAACACGACUUCCGUGUUCGCAGCGAGGACGUCGUGGGGCAGGCGGGGACGCCGGGGCAUGCGAUCGGUUCGGCAGCCACUUCCUCCUCGUCUUACUCUUUGGAUCACGACGCGCGGAAGGAGGAGCUGGAUGCCGACGUGUCGGCGUCCACCGCGGCGGUGCUGAAGCAGCAGUUCGCGGAAGAGGAGGACCCCGACUACACCGUUUCACUGUACACGGCCAACAGCGACGGUGACGCAGGGCCGCUGCAGCUGUAG